UUUGUUACCAAGUCGAAGGACUAGGCUCGUUCCACUAACGUCUAGCUAUUGACUGACUGGCUUCCCUUUAAUAUUAGCCCGUCCGAAUCGGCAAAUUAAUCUGCUCAUUCUUUUCAUUCCCGUGUUGUAGAUACACUCACGGCUCGUGCUCCCGAGAGCCCCCGUAAAUAUCUGCCUCAUAAUUUGAUUAUUCCUACCAUGUAUACUUAGUCACGGACACGGACAGCGAUAGCGAACUCGUGGUGGUAGAUAGCUGCGACGAACGCGUGCUGUAUGCCACGACCUCAUAUGCAGUAGUAACAGAAGCAUCAGCAGCAAUAUCAUGAGGCCAGGCGACCCAUCCACGUCGUCCCCCAGCAAGUCACGUGGGCGGGGUUCGGGUCGUUGGAGGACGCUUCAUCAUCGUCGUCGUCGUCGUCGAGCGGCGUGCGCGUGUCCGGCACGCGCCGAGUGCUGCUCGUGGCGUACACCACGGGCUUCCACAACCACCCCCGAGAGCCCCCUGCACGACGCGCAUCCCGUGCUGUGCGUCGUGUGUCCCCUGCGGCCGUUCCUCCUCCCUCCGGGGUAGCUUUUGAAAGUCGGAGGUUGUCUGGCCAAUUUCCGUACUUGGACGAUGAUGAACCGUACGCUGACGUGGCGGACGGGGUGGAUGAGCCGUACGCGUGCGAAGAUGAACGGGUGGCGAGCAGAGCGUGGUGCGGUUGUACUCGUUGCGGAGCAGCUCGAGUCGGGGAAGCAGCUGGCGGGGGGGAUAGCUGCCCUGGGGGACCUGGGGGUGCGGACGACGGGUAUGCGGACGCGAGUCCAAGAGCAGGAGCGCAUGCUGCCGGGCUGCCGUCCGUCCCACCUGUUGACCCCACCCAUGCUGGCAACGUGGUGGUGCGGGACGUGGCGACGAGGGCCAUCAUAGCGCACUUCAGGGCGCACGGCAGCGCCAUCGCGCUGCUGGCGUUUGACUGCUCCGGCACGCUGCUGCUCUCCGCCUCGCUCUGCGGCCACUCCCUCAACGUCUUCCGCCUAACGCCCGCCCCCACCCCUGCCAACGCACCAGCCGCGCCCGCACUCGUUGACAGCAAGCCACAGGACGGCUGCUCGUAUGUACAUUUGUACAGGCUUCACCGAGGACUCACUAACGCUGUGAUUCAGAGCGCGGCCAUCUCGCACGACAGCCGGUGGGUGGCCGUGUCAUCAGCGCGCGGCACCACGCACCUCUUCGCCAUCUCGCCCUUUGGAGGACCCGUGGGGCCCGCAACCCACCUGCCCUCCCCUUCCUCUCCCACCCUCCUCCACCCUGUAUAUACCCACUCCCCGUCCCUCCUCCCCCCUCCCCCCCCCCGCCCCUGGUGGUCCUCGUACGCGCCCCUGCGCUUCUCCUCGUCUCCCUCGCAUGCCCCUCCCCCUCUGCGCGUCCCGGCGCCAGUGGCUCUCUCGUCGGUGGCGCGCAUCCGCAACGCCAACAGCGGCUGGCGGGGGAAUGUGACGGGCGUGGCAGCGGCAGCAGCAGGGCUGGGGAUGGAGAUCCCAGGCGCCGUCGCCGCUGCUUUCCACUUCGGAGGGGUGCCAGGUGGUGGGGUGUUGGGAGGGCGAGGGGAAGCGGGGCACCAGCAGCAGCAGCAGCAGCAGCAGCAUCAGCAGGUACUUGCCGGGCAGUUUUACGGGCAGCCAGAGUGGGCUCCGCCGCCAAUAGCAGAGCAGCUGUGGGUGUUCUCUCCCUUGGGCCACCUGAUUCGCUACCACCUCACGCCAUAUGCCGCUGCCUCAGACCCCUCAUCCUCCUCCUCCUCCUCCCCAUCCCACAGCCACGGCCGCGCCAUGCACCCGCCCAAUUCAUACAGUCAGGCGUACAGCAGCCACACUUACGACCCCAGGGGCUCGUACCUGCCACCUCACGGCGCGACCAGUGCAGGGGCCAUGCAGCCUGGCAGGGGCGCCAUCCCCCCCUUCUCCCCCAUCCCGCCGUUCCCCCCCAUGGCGCAGUCUGACUCCUCUGUGCUGGGGGGUCGCUCCUUUGAGCGCCUGCCCUCGCUGCCCACGCUUGCCCUGCGCUCUGCUGCUGCCGCCGCGGGAGUGAGCGUGCGGGGCAUGGGGGGGGGCGGGACCAGGGCGGGAGGGGAGGUGGUGCUGCAGGUGGCAGCGGAGGCGAGUGAGGUGUGGGACGUGUGCCGCCGGGUGAGCUGGAGCGACAGGGACGAGCCCAUUCAGGGGGCGUGGGACGCGCACAGUACUGCUGCUGCUGCUGCUUCACUUGAUGCUGCUGCUGGCAGCAGUGGGCGUUGUUCGGCAGAAGAGGGUCGGCAGAGGGCGGUAGAGGAGGCGGAACAGCGGGCGUAUCUGAUGCACGCGGAGGUGCAGCUCACCACCAGCAGAGCCACGCCGCUGUGGGCGCGCACCUAUAUUCGGCUUCAGCCCGAGGACUCACCAUCUAGCAGCAGCCACACCGCCUCCCAGUCACCAACGCAAGGCCGCACCACCCAUCCACCGCUGCCAAGCCACACACCCCAAGGCACCCCUGCGGUCACAGGCAUGGGUUCAUCUCCCCCCUUCACCCUCGGGACUCCGUAUCUGCCUCCCCUUCCUCUUCCAAUUUGCCUGUGCGCCCGCGUGCUGCCCGCCCUCCCAUAGUCGAGGGCUUUGCAGACAGCAGUGGGGGGCACCAGGCACGCCACAGGCAGCAGCAUACUGGCGGCAUGGAAGGACUGGGCGCACCGGCAGAGGCAUAUGCGGGUGGUGACCACAGGGGCGGCGAUCACAGUGGUAGCAUCAGCGCCAGCAGGCGCACGUCCGCUCUUGGAGGGCUGCUCAGGCACGCUGCUGCUCCCCUGCCUCCUCCGCUCCUACCAGCACCCGUGCCAGCAGCAGCAGUUUCGGGGCUGCAGGGGCUGGAGGGCCUAGAGGGGCUGCAGGGGCUGGAGGGCCUAGAGGGGCUGCAGGGGCCGCAAGGGGUGCACGGGACGCGAGUGGAGUCGCAUGGGGGCGUCUUGGGCGCCGUGCCUGCGGCCAUGGGCAGCAGCAGCACGCAGGACGCAGGGGGCUCUGGGCGUUGCUGGGGGGAGGGGUGAGCGGAGAGAGAGCGUGGAGGAGGGAGAUGGUCCAGCUGCUGCUGGGCUUUUAGCACGUGCUCCGAGGGCAGUGGAGGAAGGUGGGCAGGAGGGGGAGCAGGGGAGAAUGGGAGUUGUAAUAAGCGGGAGGCGCGAGGGCGAGAGAGGAGACUCGCUGGGAGUGUUUUCAUUUGACGACCCAUGGCUCACCGACGACCCCCACGGCUUAGGAUGCUGAAAACGGCACACAAGAAACCGGCCUGCCAUGCGUGAGGCAUCAGUGUGCUCUCCAACCCAGGCAUUCUGCAGUGGUAGCACUCUGCGUUGUUUCAACACCGUAUAGGGCUGGUGGUGUAGCUAGAGGUUAAGAGCGUAGUGAGGGUGAUGCAAGCCAUCAGUUGGCCCAAGCCCGGGCCCGGACCGAUGAUCUUCCAGGGAGGGGAGGGGAGGGAAGGGCAGGGCGGGAAGUGCCGGACCUAGGCACGGCAGCAGGGGUCUAACAAGUGCAAGCAGGGGCAGAAAUUAGGGGCUCAAGUGCUCGGUAGACAAUCUUAGACGAUCGUAAGCAUGACUGCUGUAGCCUUCUUUGUAGUAAAACCCGCAUUGUAUACCCCUGAAGAAUGCUAAGGCCCCUGCGGCUGUGUGUGAGUGCUGAGUACAGUUUAUCAGUCUGCUCCCCUUCUCGUAUUCCUGCAGCACUGCCUGCUCAGGUAAGUUGCAACCUCCGUGAUGCUUCCUGCAAUUCUCUCACUCACCCCCCUCCUCCCGCCUUCCCCAUCCCACGUCCAUGCCACCCCUCUGUCUUGUGUUCCUGUGCUCGUGUC